AUGUCUAGCAUCAGAAGUACAGCGACUGCCAAUGAGAUUGAUCCCAAUCAAUUGGCCCAAACAAAGGCCCGCUUCGAGGAAGAGAAAACAAAACGGCUCCGCUCCGACGGAAAUGCACAAUUCAUCGAAAUCGCAAAAGUCGCUCAAUUUGCGCGCUUUGCUGAUGAUCCCUGGGUUGACCCGGCGGCGAUCCAACCCCUUCGAGCCAAGUUUCCUGACGGCCGAUGCGAAAUGCUCAUCGUCGGUGCCGGAUGGGGCGGAACACUGAAUGCUGUUCGCAUGAUCGAGUCUGGUAUACCAGCUGAAGAUAUUCGGAUCAUCGAUCCGGCUGGUGGGUUUGGUGGCACCUGGUACUGGAAUCGGUAUCCGGGGCUUAUGUGUGAUAUUGAGAGUUACUGCUAUCUUCCCUACCUGGAGGAGACUGGGUACGUUCCGAAGCAUCGGUAUUCAGAAGGCGAAGAGAUUCGGGAGUAUGUCGAACUCGUUGCGGAGAAAUGGGGGUUGACAGACUGCGCUGUUUUCCAGACUCAAGCGCAAAAGAUUGUUUGGGACGAAGAUGCCAAAGAAUGGGUCAUCGAUUUGAUUCAACGACGCAAGGAUCAAGCUCCAGAGACCCUCCAGAUUCGCUCUAGGUUUGUCACUAUUGCUGCAGGUGUGCUCAACUGGCUCAAGCUACCAAAUAUCCCGGGUAUCCUAGACUACCAAGGGGACAUUUUUCAUUCUGCUCGUUGGGCAUACGAUGUCACUGGUGGAUCUCCCAAAGACCCGUCACUUACCAAAUUGAAAGACAAGGAUGUUGUCAUUGUCGGUACAGGAGCGACGGCUGUGCAAAUCGUUCCGCAACUUGCGAAAUGGUGCAAGCAUCUGUAUGUCGUACAACGGACGCCGGCCUCGGUGGAUGUUCGUGAUCAGCGAGAAACUGACAGGGAAUGGUUCCAUAAAGAGGUUGCAAGUUCAAAAGGAUGGCAACGAGAGCGAAUGCGCAAUUUUCACGAACAUUUCACUCUUGGGGAGGCGCCGACAGUCAACCUGGUCGACGAUGGAUGGACUCGCGCCCCUGGCUUGCUUGGUCUGACUGGUUACACGGAAGGACCCAAAAAACCCGAAGACAUUCCAGCAUACACGGCCCGACUGAUUGAGGUUGACGCUCCUCGGCUGAAACGUAUUCAUGCUCGCGUAGAUCGAGAGGUGAAAGACCCAGCUAUCGCGGCAAAGCUGAAACCUUGGUAUCCAGCCUGGUGUAAACGCCCUUUAUUUCAUGACGAUUACCUCCAGGCGUUUAACCAAGACAACGUGACCCUUAUCGAUACCAAUGGAAAGGGCGUCGACCGGAUUACGGCAGAUUUUGUUGUCAUCGACGACAAACCCUACCAGGCGGACGUAGUCAUCUUCGCGACAGGCUUUCUUGCACCGCCCGCCGGCACGCCGGCCGAGAAGGCAGACAUGUCAAUUAUAGGUUUGAAUGGAGUCUCGAUGAGCGAGGAAUGGCCUCGCUUCGGCCCUACAACCCUGCAUGGCGUCAUCGAUGCCAAGUUCCCAAACUUGUUUCUUUCGGGCCCUCAACAGGCUUCUACAAGCGGGAACUAUCGCUUCAACCUCGACGAAUAUGCAAAACACAUCUCGUAUAUACUAGUCGAGUCAAAGCGGAGGGCUAAUUGUGCGCCGUUGGUAGUCGUGCCGUCCGCGGAAGCGGCGGAGGAUUGGGGCCUACAGGUCAUGAUGCAUUCGGCGCCAAUGGGGGUUGCGAUUGGGUGUACACCGGGAUAUUUUAAUUUAGAGGGUGAUCUAGCUCGCGUGCCCGUGGAGCAGCAGGAGAUUUUGGCGCGGUCGGGUCUUUGGGGUUCUGGAAUCGAGCACUGGCUUGGGAUUAUUGAGGACUGGCGAGCCACGGGCAAUAUGAAGGGCAUUAUGGUGCGUUGA